AGUGAAGACAAAAUGUAGAUCAUUUUAUUUUCUAAGACUCACCGGAAGAGGACGGUGAGGUCAGCUGACACAACCAAAACAAACAUGGCGGACAGAGUCCUAACGGUUGCACCGUGGUUUUUGAGUGUUUUUCUUCGUCUGUCUGGAUUUCGCCAGUCGGCUUUUCCAGGUUGCAGCUUUUGUAAAGUGACCGCCUAACUAAACGAAUGCUUCUUCGGCAUUUUCCGAAAGGAGUGCAAACGCGUAACCCCGAAAAUAAGCGGAAGUGUCCGCCUCUCGUUUGAAACCAAACAUCCGCUUCUGUAACGCAUGUGUUCAAGGUGUUGGGUCAUGAUUUUUAGCCGAGCAAAGAUGGAGGGGAAAUGAAAGAUAAAUCGGUUUGUAGUGCAACGGAACGAGGCCUGGCGUGCGGCUUCGGCUAACGCACGGGUCUGAACAAGAUGUAACGCCAGAGACUCACCCUGAGCAAAUAAACAAAACAUGGACUUUACCGCGGAGACAGCCGGAGAGUAAACAUCGAUAAGUUGAAGGUACGUUACCAUGGGUUUGGUGAACUUUGUCCUCUCCACCGUAGGAAAAUGCCUGGACGCCGUCUGUUUAGUCCUGGACCUGAAUUUCCUCAUCGUCCAUACCGUGGUGCGAACUUUGCUGGCGGUUAUCACCUUCAUCGCCAACCUGCCCACCCUCCUGCUCGCCUCGGCGCUGGAGCUGGGAAACUUCAUCGUCUUUUGCCUGAUGUCCAUGGCAGAUGCGACUUCAAACGUAGCCCACGGUACUGUCAGCAUGCUGGGGAGCUUGGUGCUGGCUCUGGAGGGGCUGCUGGAGAGCCUGAAGAUGGUGGGUUACCUGUCCAUGCACGUCCUGCUGCGGGGGAAGGAGCACCUGUGUCGAGGUCUGCUGUCUGUGCUGGAGGGCUGUGGCAUUGCUGUCAGCCUCGUGGUCUAUUUCACCAACACGGUGGUAAACUUUGCACUCAUCGCCACCCAGAACGUGUACUUGGCCAUGGUCAGUGUGUGGCAGACAGUCUCAAGCCCGCUGCAGAAGGUGCUGGAGCUCACGCUGACCUCCUUCACCUUUCUGUACAGCAGCCUGGUUGGCACGUCAGCUUUCCUGUGGUCACCCUGUAAGCUGGUUUUGGACUUUCUGGUUUCGCUGGUGCACAUGUUCAUCAGCAUCUUCAUACUGAACAUCUACGGCCUCCUGCUCACUGUCACCAUCGCUCUAACUACCACGGCCUACCUGAACCCAGAGCUGACCAGACAGGCUGCUGUGCGAAUUCUGGAUUACCUUAACUCUUUCCCUGCUCUGCGGAGACUGUAUCUGGCUCUCCACCGCCUCGCUUUAGCCUUCCGGAGCGCCCCACAUUUGGUACGUGCUAACAUGCAACGCCUGCAAAGGAUACUCCAUCACCUCUACCUACUGGAGAGAGGACUUUGGCAGCAGCUGUCCCGACACAGCAGCCAACUAGGCCUGGUACUGCGGACACACCUCCACAGGGACAACAACAACAGAGUGCGAGGCGACGGCAACCCUGGAGAGGAGCGGCGGGGCCCACCGGACGGAAGAGCAGGAGAUGGAGCCCACCAGGAGCUGCUGGAUUUGGUUUUCCCCUCCUCCAGUACAGACAGACCACUGAAGAAGCAGCUGUCUUCGGGCAAAGACAGUAAAGCUCUCCCGGCCGAGAAUCUACUGACUCUACUGAAGGAGCAGGAGGACAGGAAGAAGUGUGUGAUCUGUCAGGACUGUGCCAAGACGGUGGUGCUGCUGCCGUGCAGACACCUCUGCUUGUGUAGAGACUGUACAAACAUCCUGUUGAGGCAGCCUAUCUACCAACAGAACUGCCCGCUCUGCCGUCACAUGAUCCUCAACACUAUGGACGUGUAUCUAUGAGGGACCAGCGGAAGUGGCUCUAUGGGCUUCUAACAGCAACGAGCCUAAUAUCAGUCUCUAUACUUAAAGUUUUACCGCCACCGAAAUGAUGCUGUAUGACUUGUGUUUUACUAGGUUGUGUUUAAGGAUAAGUCUGGUGAUAUUCUAUAUUUAUCUUGCUGUCGACAAAAACCAUGAUAAAACCAAAAGUAACGAAGCGUUGAAGCAAAGUUUCAUUGAAGUCCAUCUGCCAGUACUUUCCUCAGACAUAUACAUUCCUGCUGAAGACAUAGUAAAUCUUUAAAAACAGCUCAUAAAUAUAUCGUUUUAUUUUUUCAAAAGGCUACUUUCCUAAAACAGCUCUCUGUCAGUCUCUGUAGUUUUUUUAACAAAUUUUACUCAAACAGGAGUAAACAGUUCAAAUAAGUGUAAAUGGGCUUUGACUACACAGACAAUCCUUGUUAGUAAGAUCAAUUUACUAUUGGUUCUGGAUUUCUUGGGAUUUAUUGAUAAUAAAAAUAGAGAAUAUCACUAGACUUAUCCUCUAAAAUUGGUUUCAGAUCUGUGCACUCUCUGCAAGCAGAGAAACACUAAUGUAAACACGUGCACGGGAAAUUAUAUAGUUCCUGUGCCUUCGAAUGCAAAUCAAACUACAACAUUGAAAUGUCCCUAGCAGAUAAAGAGAUCAGGGAUGCAGCUAACGAUCAUUUCCAUUAUUGAUUAUUCUGCUGAUUAUUUUCUCAAUUAAUCAUUUAAAUCUAGGAAGCAUCAAAAAGUAGUGAAAAACACCUGUCACAACUUCCCAGAGCCCAAAGGGAUGUCCUUAAAUUCUCUGUUUUAUGAAACAAACUGUCAAAAAUAAAUAAUUAAACAAAUCAUUUACCAUCAUAAAUGAUAAAUAAAAAUUCAUUUUUUGUAAGCAAAUUAUUGUGAAACUGGAACCAGCAGAUAUUUGGCGUUUUUGCUUGAACAAUUACUGACACUAUUUAUUUAUCAGUAAAACUGCAAAAUGGUGACGACAACAAUGUGUUUUCCCAAAAAUGGAACUAGUUUUACCACUAUCCACAAUUAGUUUUUUUUUUUUUCCCCCUCAUUGUCCGUUGUGCACUGAAUUCUGGGAGCAUUGGGGGGGGGGGGUCACAGACACAGCUACAAUGUCACAUCUGCAGUCUGUGUAUUGACACUGUGAUGCACCUGUUGAAAUGGUCCAGCGUUGCCACAUUGAGUCUCGGGUCUCGUAGUCCUGGCAACCCGUUGGUGCCCUCCCUCCCCGAUGCUGAAAUGUUUACCCACGUUCAUGUCUUAAAACGUUGUCCUUUGAGUGGGCCAAGCUGUGAAGGAAGAAAACAAACACUGUGCUUUAUUGCAUGAGUAUAUGAGUGAUACGGCACAUGCUCUAUGUAUAACAGUGUAUCCAAAGUAACACCUUGGCUUUUUUGUUGCAGUGGAAGAUUUGACCAUUUAAAUAUACUUCUGUAAAUGUCUGUGCUGCAUAGAGCCACAUAAAGAGUUAAAAAGAAAAGGGGGGGGGGGUUUGAGGAUUUGUGUUUGGAGGAGUUGAUCUGUAUUUGAGGAAAGGGAUUUAUAAUUUUCCAGUCAGUGAUGGUAAAGAACAGCUUUAUUCCAUUUAGUUGUUCUAUUGAUACGACUUAUUCCAGUCUUCCAUUAGAGGCAUAUUACAGUCACCACCAACAUAUAAUCCAUAAAAGGUUUUCCCUUUCCUUCGCCAUUGUAAUAAAACAUAGAUUUCUGUGGUAUAAAUGGACCAUAAACUAAUAAGGCUUCGCACUAUCAUUUGCGUUUGUUUUUCAUUGUUAUUGUAGAAGCUGAAGUGUUGAUAUUGAUCGCGUUUACAGUUUACAGGGCAAUAUUGUGACACCACUUAAUGUGUUAUUAUUAAUGGUGGGUGAUGCGGAAUAAGGUCUAUGGGAAAAGUUUUAUCUGUCAUGAUUUGCUUUUGGAAAAGUUUUGGUGUUUUUUUUAAAUAAUACAAGAAGAAAUUAGAUUUCUGUAUUAUUUUUGUGACUGGAGCUAUGUAAUACCAAUAACGGAUAUUAAAAUGUUCCUUACAUGUACAUUACACAGAUAUCAUUAAUGGAAGUGAUCUGAAUAUCAGUUUUUGAUAAGGUUGUAAAAGAUUUCUGGAGACCAGACUGUAGUCAUUAUAGACUACUACUUCUCUCAGGUAUCCCUAAAAUGCCAAUGUGUAGCAUUCCUAAUUAAAGAUUGCAGUGGACUGAAAAGCGCUCACGAGACCAUCAUCUGUUGCUACCUGCAGUAUGUAUGACACAGUGAGGGACAAUGUGAUUUGAAGACGUGAAUGUAACUUGUGUUUUUUAAUGCUGUGGCUGCCACAUAAUGGCAAGUCUUCUGUUCAUAAUAAAACA